AUGAGUGCCGCUGAAGAGAGCGCCUACAAGGCGGCCGUCCUGGCGGCCGUCCAGGACGAUAGCCGCAGCAAUGCCAUUCUCAUCGUCACCGCGGUCUUUCUCGGAAUCUCCCUCAGCAGUGUCCUUCUGCGAUGUUUUGUGCGAACCCGCGUGGUUCACGCCUUCGGAUGGGAUGAUAUCGUCAUGCUAUUCGCCAUGGCAUGGAAUAUGGCUUUUGCAAUUUGUGGAAUCCUGGGUGCCAAGUAUGGCAUGGGGCGGAGAUUGUACUACUUUGUCGAGUACCCGGACAAUCUAAAACGCGCGCUAUUGUGCUGGUGGCUAGGCCAAGUCUUCUACGUGAUCACAUGUGUCCUUGCGAAAGUCUCCAUUAUCAUCACCUUGUUGCGCAUUACCGUUGAUCGUCUCCAUGCCUGGAUCCUCUACGCCGCCAUUUCUGUCGCCACUGCUGUCGGUCUGGUCUUCUUGUUUUUCACCAUCUUCCAGUGUAGUCCAGUCACAUACUUUUGGCACCAAGGAUCAUCCACAAGCCACGGAACCUGUGUCGACAAAAACACCCUCAUUGCGAUCGCGUACCUCUACAGUGUCGGUGCGGCCGUCACCGAUCUCACCAUUGGUCUCCUACCUGUGGCGUUGAUCUGGAAUUUGCGCAUGAAUCAAAGAACGAAGAGUGCCAUCAUCGGCAUUCUAGGUAUUGGGUGCAUCGCGAGUGCUGCGGUUAUUAUUCGCAUUCCAUUUGUUCACCACUACAAGGAUACUGAAUUUUUAUACAACACAUACCAGAUCUCCAUCUGGUCCAACGUCGAGGCAGGCCUCGGUAUCACAGCCGGCUGUCUGACGACUCUGCGGCCGCUCAUCCGAUUCCUCCGCGACGGCUCCUCCGCCUCUCGCAGCCGCAAUCGCACCCCCGGAUCUUUUCCCUUAUCCAGCAAUGUGGCGCAAGGAUACCGAUCCUCACGUUCCAAGCACGACCGCAACGAUUCGCAUCAGCUAUGGACGGGCAGCGAGAAUGACGAAUAUCAUGGCGUGACGACGACGAUUAUGGGUAGCGAACGGCCGAACCCGACCAGUAGCAGUGAGGAAGAUCUCAACCCAAAGAACCAGCAGCGCCUUCCAACUGGAUGGAAGGUCGAACGGUCCGUUCGGGUGUCUGUGCGCGACGAUUCAUGA